UCAGUGUUGUAAAGCGAAAAAUUAUGUUAAGCUCAGAUUUUAGUUAGCUUCUUGAUUUAAAUAACAGUUCUUUUAGCUUACAGCAAGAGUUGAGCUUGGAUGGCAUGCAAAAUAUGUGCGCUAGCGGGGGGCAUAGGGAAACGAGUCCAGGGGAAAGUAAGAUCAUGGAUUCUGCAACUGUCGGCGUUACUAAUCUUAAUGAACUAUGUGCAACUGGCGAUCCAGUCGUCGUUGCAUCUGCGCUUGGAGGCUGAGCAGAUGGCCAUAUUCUUUGGCUGCCCUGCUCUAAUAGGUGUACUGUACGUGGUGUUAGAUACUUGCGCCACUUUAGCUGGCACUGGACUGAUCAUGUGGCACAGAAAGGAGGCAACUGGCUUCUCAUUGCUGAUACUGCACCACACGCUCCACUGCAUGUUCUUCACCAAUUCGAUUAUCCAACAAGCACUCAAUGAAUUUGUGGAUGUGGGCUCGUUGCUAUUGCUUGUGGCCUUGGGGCAGGCUAAAGAAAAUAAGUUGAACAAGCACAAGUUGGAGUUGCUGCUGCUGCUUUCACGCAUCUGCAUGAGCUGCAUUUAUUUCUUGUGGCUCCGUGAAGAGAACAAUGUCAUCAAUGAUUGGUUCGCUCUGAGUUGCUGCAUUCUUGUGCUGAUUGGCUUCAAGUGUCGUUUUGUGGCCUGCUUGACUGCUUUGACUGUGAUGUGGCAUGCCUGCUGCUCGCCCAACUGGACCUUCAUAAUCGGCUGGAAUGAUCUGACCAUUAGUGUGUCCUUAAUAUGUUCGCUGCUCGGCAAAGUGGCUGGCUUUCUGUUAAUGGCACGGCUUGGUGCUGGGAAGUGGUCCCUGGAUGCCCGAACUUAGCUGCCAGUUCAUCACUGCAACAGCAACAACAACUUUCAACACGUGCUACUGAAGUUGGAUUAAGAUAUAAAAGUCAUUAAGCAUUACGAGCCAAAUGAUUUUUUUUUUCGUU